AUGUAAUUUUCACAGGCCGCUUGAUAUACCCUGGUAGGCACAAAGGUGUAGAAAUGAAGGUGGGUUGGGAGCUCGCUUAGGUCAAUGGAGGUUUCCGGGAGCCGCCCUUUGGGGCCGAGGCGCUUCCCCCCCACCCUCCAGAGGGCGCUGUGGGCGCCUCCACGACACCGCCCCGCAGCAUCCCCGGGGAGGAGCCUCUCCUGUAGCUGCCGCCACCUCCGCAAUCGCAAACCCGGAAGAAGCCUCUGGUGACUGUACUGUGCCGGCCGGCCUGGCGUUGCCAUGCAUCUCAUGGAGGUAGGUCUGGUUCCCGCUCCAGCGAGGGAGCCGAGACUGACCCGCUGGCUGCGGAGAGGCAGUGGGAUCUUGGCGCACCUGAUAGCUUUGGGCUUCACCAUCUUUCUGACUGUGCUGUCCCGGCCAGGAACCAGUCUUUUCUCCUGGCACCCUGUGUUCAUGGCCUUGGCGUUCUGUCUCUGCAUGGCUGAAGCUAUCCUGCUCUUCUCCCCUGAGCACUCCCUGUUUUUCUUCUGCUCUCCAAAGACCCGGAUUCGACUUCACUGGGCAGGGCAGACCAUGGCCAUCCUCUGUGCCUUCCUAGGCCUGGGCUUCAUCAUUUCUAGCAAGAUCCGCAGUGAGCUGUCCCAUCUGGUGUCCUGGCACAGCUGGAUAGGAGUUCUGACACUGUUGGCCACAGGGGCACAGGCACUGUGUGGGCUCGGCCUCCUCUGUCCCCGGGCAGCCCGUGUCUCAAGGGUGGCUCGUCUCAAGCUCUACCAUCUGACGUGUGGCCUGGUUGUCUACCUGAUGGCUACAGUAACGGUGCUCUUGGGUAUGUACUCAGUGUGGUUCCAGGCCCAGAUCAGAGGUGCAGCCUGGUACCUGUGCCUGGUACUACCUCUGUACCCAGCCCUGGUGAUCAUGCACCAGAUCUCCAGCUCCUACUUGCCAAGGAAGAAAGUGGAAAUAUGAAAUGCCUCCAAACUCUGGCUCGAAGUGGGAUUCUUGCCUUGGAUUUUCAGCAGUUCCUUGGUGAUCUUCACGGGACCCAGUUCAGAAGUGGACACAUUUUGUACUUCAUGGCCAAACCACAGGGUGCAGAAACCAUAGCUGCUCCUGCUGGGGCAGGAUCCAGUGGGCUCAAGU